CGUCGCUUCCGGAUCAUAGGUCAGAGUUGCUGUUGCCAAGGAAGGAAGCGAGUGGUGGCAGGCAGGCGGGCGCGAUGGGCACCCUGGAGCAGUGGGUGAACGACCAGCUGCACGAGCUGCUGGGCCUGAGUGACCGGCAUGUGGCACAGUUCCUGGUGGGCACGGCCCGGCACAGUGGCAGCGCUGCCGACCUAGUGCAGCGGCUCCAGGACACAGCCACCAUCGACAUCACGCCCGGCGUGCGGGUCUUCGCCACCCAGCUCUGGGCCAAGGUGGGCCGCGGGAGCGGCGGGAGGGAGGAGAAGGCAGCGCGGGCGGUGGAGCGGGCGGCGCUGGCCCUGCAGCAGCACAGCCGCACCUACACGUUGCUGGAGGACAGCGAGGACAGCGAGCCCGAGGCAGCGCCCGGCCGCCGUAAGGACAAGAGCAAGGCCAAGUCCAAGGCCAAGGCCAAGAGGGCUCACCUACGCAGGAAGAGGGCAGAGUCGUCCGACAGCGGGGACGAGGACACCACGAAGAAGCCGCCGUCUCCUCAAAAGCAAUCGGGCUCGGAAGAGGAGGAAUGGGAGAAGGAGGAGAAGGAUCGACUGAAGGAUCUGGAGGAGCGCGAUGCCUUCGCCGAGAGGAUCAAACGGCGGGACAAGGACAGGACCCGCGUCGUCCUGGAGCGCUCCGAUAAAAAGGCCUACGAAGAAGCUCAGAAGCGGUUGAAGAUGGGUGAGGAUGAUCGGAAGGCGCUGAUCCCCGAGUUGCGGAAGCACUCUCGGCGGGAGUACCUGGGCAAGCGGGAGCAGGAGAAGCUGGAGGACCUGGAGGCGGAGAUCCAGGACGACGAGUACCUGUUCUCGCCGGGGCAGCUCACCGCCAGGGAGAAGCAGCAGCUGGACUACAAGCGGAAGGUGCGCGACCUGGCCAGAGAGUACAAGGCAGCCGGGGAGCAGGAGCGGCAGGAGAAGAACAACCGCUACUACAUGCCUCAGGAGAGUCGCAACAAGAAGGUUCCGGAGCGGUAUGAGGAGCCGUCGUCGGGGGCGGAUGAGAAGCACGCACCGCGGGACGAGCAGCGGCGCUGGGAGGAGGCGCACAUGGACGCGGCCCUGCUGAGGUUCGGGGCCCGGGAUGCCGGCGAGCGCAACAAGCAGAAGGAGUACGACUUCCUGAUGGAGGAGGACGAGAUGAUCGAGUUUGUCAGCGCCGUGCCCAUGCCGGGCACCGUGCCCAAGGACGAGGCGGAUGAUGUAUCGGAGGCCCAGCGGCAGAAGGCUUCGCUGCAGGAGGUGAGGAGGAGCCUGCCGGUGUUCCCCUACCGAGGAGACCUGCUAGCGGCCGUAGCCCAGCAUCAGGUGCUCAUCAUCGAGGGGGAGACGGGCUCGGGCAAGACCACCCAGAUCCCGCAGUACCUGCACGAGGAGGGCUACACGGCCGGGGGAAAGAAGAUCGGCUGCACGCAGCCCCGCCGCGUGGCGGCCAUGAGCGUGGCGUCCCGUGUGGCGCAGGAGAUGGGGGCCAAGCUGGGCAACGAGGUGGGAUACAGCAUCCGCUUUGAGGACUGCACGUCGGAACGCACGGUGCUAAAGUACAUGACGGACGGCAUGCUACUGCGGGAGUUUCUCACCGAGCCAGACUUGGCCGGUUACAGCGUGGUGAUCAUUGAUGAAGCCCAUGAACGCACUCUUCACACCGACAUCCUCUUCGGGCUGAUCAAGGACAUCUCGCGCUUCCGCCCCGACCUCAAGGUGCUCAUCGCCAGCGCCACCCUGGACACCGAGAAGUUCUCCACCUUCUUCGACGACGCCCCCGUCUUCCGCAUCCCCGGACGACGGUUCCCCGUCGACAUUUACUACACCAAGGCCCCGGAAGCGGACUAUCUAGAAGCAUGCGUGGUUUCCGUCCUACAGAUUCACGUCACCCAGCCUCCGGGCGACAUCCUGGUGUUCCUCACCGGCCAGGAGGAGAUCGAGACCACGUGCGAGAUGCUGCAGGAGCGAUGCCGCCGGCUGGGCUCCAAGAUCGCUGAGCUGCUGGUGCUGCCCAUCUACGCCAACCUGCCCUCCGACAUGCAGGCCAAGAUCUUCGAGCCCACCCCUCCGGGUGCCCGGAAGGUUGUCAUAGCCACCAACAUCGCAGAGACAUCCCUGACCAUCGACGGGAUCAUCUACGUGAUCGACCCCGGCUUCUGCAAGCAGAAGAGUUACAACGCCCGGACGGGGAUGGAGUCUCUGAUCGUCACUCCCUGCUCCAGGGCCUCAGCGAAUCAGCGGGCGGGCAGGGCAGGGCGCGUGGCGGCGGGGAAAUGCUUCCGACUCUACACGGCCUGGGCCUUCAAGCACGAGAUGGAGGAGACUUCAGUGCCCGAGAUCCAGCGGACAAACCUGGGCAAUGUCGUCCUACUGCUGAAGAGCCUGGGAAUCAAUGACUUGAUCCACUUUGACUUCAUGGACCCUCCGCCCCACGAGACGCUGGUGUUGGCCCUGGAGCAGCUGUACGCUCUGGGAGCACUCAACCAUUUGGGCGAGCUCACCAAG